AUGACCUUAGCCGAUGAUGGCUGGGGUGGGUUUCAUCGCGUUGAACCCGUUCGGAGGCAGAAACCACCGGCAGUGGCGGAAGGUAGUGACGAAUCCAUGUUGAAUGCCACCGAUUCUGGUGAUGACCCAUGGGAGGAUGUAUGCCUGACGACAGACGAGCGCCUCGAUGGCGAGAUGGGGGUAUCGGGUUCCGGACCAUGUGGCCAGAAGGCAACCGACAAAUUUUCCGCAGCAGUACUCAAUGAUCCCGAGAACAUCGUGCCCGACCCCCAAAAGGCUUUGGACAGUCUCAAAACGCAGCCAAAAUGCGGAGCAACAUGUUCCGGACAUAGCAAUCCAUGCACGGGGGACUGUCACUGCAUAGCGGACACGUUAGAAAACCCCAAGGCAUCGAUCUUCAAAAGCAUCUGCACAGACUCCUUCUUCGCCUUCGCCAGUCGUCGGCGCCUCAUGGCCAGCGUUCCCUCUGGUCUCGAAGACGACGCAUUCUACCUCGUAUCAGGCCCAGAACCAGUACCGGACAAUGCAACAGGGUUCCCAGUAGCGCCGCCACCAAGUUUCAAUCGUUUGGGAGACAUUGUGGGAGGAGCCGCGGCUUGUCCUUGCAAUUGCACAUAUAUCUCUAUCGCUUGUUGUACGUCGGAAAAUGGUAUGGUGCAAGAACGUCCUGGGCUGAAGUUGGGCGCUGUGCUGCCGCCCGAUGGUCAAUGCUGCAAUGCAGUCUCAGGUGAGCUGAACGCGGGGGAGUAUGUGGGUAAUGAUACAACUUGUUACGCAACGGCGUGA